UGAAACAUAAACGCAAAUAAUCGUUUUUGUAGAAAAUACAUUAAAAACAAAGACGUUGGGUUGGGUGUAAGUAAGAGUCGUUUUAUCUGUGCGCUUCCCUUAAGUUGGUUCCAUAAAAUGAAAAAAAAGUAAAAUAAAAGGGUGAUACUUCACUCACCAGCCGCCUUCAACUUGAAGAGCAUUGAGCAAAAGGGAGGGAGGCCGUUGGUGUUUUGCUUUAUCUCUUUGAUAUCUCACAUUUUGAUUCUGCAAAAAAUAAAAGAUAAAAAUCUUCAACUCACGCUUUGGACUUCGUAAAGACAUUCAGUCACUGUGAACGAGGUUAAAAAGGCUGCUUUGCUUUGUUUUGUUUAGGUCCAAAGAGAAAAUGAAGUACGUGGUGGUUACAGGAGGAGUAGUGAGCGGUCUGGGGAAAGGGGUAACUGCCAGCAGCAUCGGUCUUGUGCUUAAAUCAUGCGGCCUUCGUGUCACUUCUAUUAAGAUUGAUCCUUAUCUCAACACUGAUGCCGGUACAAUGUCCCCUUUUGAGCAUGGGGAGGUGUUUGUCCUUGAUGAUGGCGGCGAGGUGGACCUAGACCUUGGAAACUAUGAGCGCUUUCUUGACAUCACAUUAACGCGUGACAAUAACAUAACAACAGGAAAAAUUUAUCAGUCUGUUAUUGACAAGGAGAGAAAGGGAGAUUAUCUUGGAAAGACUGUCCAGGUUGUUCCGCACAUUACUGAUGCCAUCCAAGAAUGGAUGGAACGUGCAGCGAUGAUACCAGUGGAUGGAAAGGAAGGCCCUGCCGAUAUUUGUGUCAUUGAAUUGGGUGGAACUAUAGGGGAUAUUGAAUCUAUGCCAUUUAUUGAGGCACUUGGUCAAUUCUCAUACCGUGUUGGCCCCGGGAAUUUCUGUUUGGUUCAUGUCAGCCUUGUGCCUGUUAUCAAUGUUGUUGGUGAGCAGAAAACAAAGCCUACCCAGCAUAGUGUUCGCGGACUUAGAGGACUUGGCUUGACACCAAAUAUUCUUGCUUGUCGCAGUACAAGGGCACUUGAUGAUAAUGUCAAGGGAAAACUAUCUCAAUUUUGCCAUGUGCCGGCUGAAAACAUUGUCACUCUCUAUGAUGUUCCAAAUAUUUGUCACAUUCCUUUACUACUAAGAGAUCAAAAGGCACAUGAAGCAAUCUUAAAAGGACUGAACCUUCUAGGGAUUGCGAGGGAACCUGAUUUAACGGAGUGGACUGCUAGGACCAAAGUUUAUGACAUGCUUCAUGAUCCUGUUAAAAUUGUCAUGGUUGGAAAAUACAUUGGGCUUAAAGAUUCUUACCUCUCUGUUUUAAAGGCACUUUUGCAUGCAUCUGUUGGCUGCCACAAGAAGCUUGUUGUAGAGUGGGUUGAAGCAAGCCAUCUUGAUGAUAUUACUGCUAAAGAGGAUCCAGACAUAUAUAGAGCAGCAUGGAACUGUUUGAAGGGUGCUGAUGGUAUCUUAGUUCCUGGAGGUUUUGGUGAUAGGGGAGUGCAAGGGAAGAUUCUUGCUGCUAAGUAUGCCCGAGAAAGCAAAGUUCCUUUCCUGGGCAUCUGCCUUGGGAUGCAGAUAGCUGUCAUAGAGUAUGCACGUUCAGUUCUAGGCUUGCAUGAUGCCAACAGUACAGAAUUUGAUCCUAAAACAACAAAUCCUUGCGUCAUAUUUAUGCCAGAGGGUUCAAAAACUCAUAUGGGAGGAACCAUGCGUCUGGGAUCAAGGAGGACUUACUUCAAGGUUCCUGACUGCAAAUCUGCCAAGUUGUAUGGUGGUGCUACCUUCGUUGAUGAGCGGCAUCGGCAUAGAUAUGAGGUCAAUCCUGAUAUGAUAUCAAAACUUGAAGCAGCUGGUCUGUUGUUUGUUGGCAGUGAUGAAAGUGGUAGGCGGAUGGAGAUUGUUGAACUGCCAAGCCAUCCGUAUUUUAUUGGCAUUCAGUUCCAUCCUGAAUUCAAAUCCAGGCCAGGAAAGCCUUCUGCACUUUUCUCAGGACUUAUUGCAGCAUCAUGCGGGCAGUUGGAUUCACAUCUAAACAAGACUGGUCAUGUGAGCAAAGCUAUGGCAAAUGGGUUAAGCAAUGGAAGAGCAACUUAUAAGGACCGACAAAUGGCUUCGAAUGGUUCAUUAAAUGGUGUGUACAGCAAUGGUAACAGUGUGCAUCAUUAAGAAGCUGUGUGAUAGAACUUUUUGAUUCAGGGUUCAAGUCUCUCCAAGAGUUUUUGAUAGAAGUGGAUUCUGUUUGUACAGUGGUUGAGUAGGGACUAGGGUAGCAUUUUAGCAAUUGAGGGAUUUUCGGAAGUGGCAGAAUAUGGACAGGAGGUGUACAAGGUAGCAACCCCGUCCCAAGUUGAACUUAGCAUCCUCUGUUUCCUAGGAUUUUUCAUUCGAUUGUGCCAAGAGAAUGUCAGUCUAAACAAUUGAAGGCUUAGCAGUCUGCUGCCAUUAUGUUUUCAAUAAACAAAACUGUUACAUGACGCAUAAAGACUCAUUUUCAUCAAUUUAUCUUGGUUCUAGAAGAUCAGCUGACCCAUCAAAUCGCAAUUUUUAACGGGAUUCGGAUCUGGGGCUAGAGUCUCAGACAUCAGAUAAUGUUUAGAUCAUAGCUUUGCUGAUAUAAGGUGUUUUCAAAACGACAAAAACUAGGGAACAACAUCAAUCAGAACUGAGCUAGCAAGAACAGUUCCGAAGAAAAUCCAGGAAGAACAGAGUAACAUGAUGUGAAAUAUUAGAAAGAGAGAGAGAGAGAGACAAGCGAGAUAACGACGAAGUAGUUGUAUUAUUUUUUCUUGAUUUCGCCAUAAGCGAUUGAUAAAACAUAUAUGCUUAAGUUGAUUUUCCCUCGUUUACUUUAAUUCACAUAAACAAAACUAACAGA